AUGAGCAAAGAUAUAAAAAGACAAGCAGUCAAGCCCCCAGCUGGCAAAUUCCAAUUGUUUAAAUGCUGUAUUAAAAGUUAGCCAUCACAAAAGGGCAAAAAUAAUACUAUUGAUUAGAUAACCGAGGAUGAGAAUAAGAAAAUAAAGCAAUUAGAGAUGAUUACACCUAAUGAGUAUUACGACAGUCCACCGCACUAAACAAAGACGCCAUAGAUAACCUAGGACAUGAAAUAAAAUCCUAAUAAAUAAGUUUUCGACUUCAAAGAUCACAUUCUAGGUUAAGGGGCUGGCUAGCAUGACAAAGAAUUCUUGAAUCAAUCCAGGGCAUCUAUUGAGAGAUCUCUUAGGGAUAUAGACCUAGUUUUCUAAAAUGAUUAAAUGAAAGCAAUAAAAACUGUGAAAUAAGAUUCUAAUAAGAAAUCAAGCUAAAAGUUGGAUAAUCUUUUGAGAUCAAGCUUUAGGAAGAAUUUUCAUCCUAGUUAGUCCAAAAUGGAUGAGCUUGGUGAAGUUAAAAGUCCAGAAUUUAGAGCAUAAAGCACUUCUCCCUAAAGCAACCAAAACUAUAUUUAAAAAAGUAAGGAAGAAGAUUAGAAGAUCAGUCCUGAGAUAGAAAAUAAAAGAAGUUUUGCCAAAUCAAUAGUCUCCAAAUCUGAGCUCUCAGAUAGGCAAAAGGAAAUCAUAGCUAAGAGUCCUUUGCUCCUAGUCAAAAUAAUCAGUGAUGAUGCUUAAACACCUAUGCUAAAUGAUGAUGAAGAGGCAUCUGACUUCGACGAAUUCGGAGAUGAGAGGAAGUCAUCUUAAUUGGAUUCCUUAAAGCAAUUAAACAACAGAUUUAGCUAGCACAGGAGAAUAUUAAGUAAUCAUUAAAGAGGUGGAGAAAUAAAUGAUCAAAAUAUAAACAGAGCAGGUACCAUCAAUGUGACUAAAGACUAUGUUUCUUACUCCUUGCAUUCCAUAAAUAUGCAGAAAUCUUAAACUACUUUCUCCAAUUAAUUCAUCGAUGAUCAAAAGGUAUAAUCUCACACUGCAGAAUAAUUAAAUAAGUUUCAAAAUCUAAUUAUAAAUGAGAGUAGCAGUGAGCACUAGACAUCUUCAGGAAAUAUCCAGCAAUAAUCUCACCUUAAAACGUUAAAUAAUUACAAAGUUCCAACAUUUUCAGUCUCGAGCUACAACUCAUCGCAUAAUAAUUACAAAAUGAUUGGGGAUUUUGGGCAUAUUUCCCCAAUCAUUAAGCACCAAAGCACCGAAAGUAAGAGCCUUAAUUCCAUAAAUUUGGAAGAUAAUAAUAUUGUUUUGCCCUAGCAAAAGCAGCUCAAUUAUUAAAUAAUGGGUAAUUAGAUGGCGGCAGGAUAAAUGCAAGGUAAUCAAAGGUCAUCAGUAGAUAAUUACGAAAUUAUGAAUGAACUCAGGAAACAUGGUGGCUUGCUAUACAAUAAUAUUAACUCAAACAAGAACGACUGUCCUCAACAGAAUAGCAUUAUUUAGGUUAAUAAUAUGUUGUUGCCUAAUUAAGCUUAAACUUUCGUUAAUAUUGAGAAUCAAAGAAAAGGAUAAAAAAACAGCAAGAUUCCAUUCGAGAUUGCUGCUUAAAACUUAAAUCUCCCUUCUCUAGCUUAGCGCGAUUCUAGCAAUACCAAUAGUAAUUAGAGUUAAAAUUCGAACAAACAAUCGAAUUCCUAAAAUUUUCCCUUAUAAUCAGAUUUUCAACCCUCGACACUUAGUAAUACACCUCGUAACAAAGAUCUCAACAAUAGCGAGAAUCAGUAAGUAAUGGUUCCCUUGCAUUUGGUUGAGGCCUACUAUUAAUAAAUUCUUUAUGAAAAAGAUGCAGCUCUUCAUAAGUCAUAUAAUCAGAUUGCAAAACUAUCAAGUAAAGUUGGAAACCUUCAAUCAAAGAUAAAAGAGCAAAAACAAGAGGUAAAGAGGUUCAGAGAUGAGAAUUUGGACUUAAGAAGCUAGAUGAACUACGUUCUACAAGCAAAAUUACUAGAGGGUUUAUAAUAUAAAUCUGUGUGA